AUGCAAGUUGAACGGGCGACCAAGGAGGCUCAAGGGAGUCAAGGAGCUCCAGUGGGGCUGUCCACCAGAUCGUACUCUCUUGGGGUUGCGUUACGCCCACGGAUGCCUCGUGAGGAGCCAAUUCAGGGCCUUAGAAUAGGGACCGUAGAUCCUCCUACAAGUGCAGAGGGCAAUGUGCAUAGUUCCAAAGACACUGCGCAGUUUACACCCUCCCUUUACAUACGCAAGCAGGUGGGGAAACAGGCUCCACAGCACAGUCAGCAACCGGAAGGUCAUGCAUAUUUCAAAAUAGAUAAGCUGGCGCCGUUAACUCCAGAGGAGCUUCUUCAGAAUGCACGGAUACGCAUCCAGCAAGAAACUGCCGCUCUCAUAGAUGCAAACAAGCACCUGCUGGACACGUGCAAUAAAUACACUCCCUACAAGGCCCAAUUGCCAGAAAUAGUCGAGAUAGAAGAAAAGAGAAUGCUCAAUCUUAGAUACCUCCUGGCAGAAGAAGAGAAGAUACGCAUGGAGUGCACGAAGGAGCUUGUUGAUGGAGUGCACCGUAGGUACCUUCCGACAACCAUAGGCAGGCGUGCACCGAUCAUUUCAGACGAGGUGCAGACCGCGAAGCAUUUUGCAGACGGUUUACAAGGGCUACAAGACUCACGAGACGCAGUGCUUCGCUCGCAACAAGAAACGUCUAGAAAGCUGGCCAAAUACUUUGCCGAGCAGGUGUAUAAUUAG